GCCAGAUUCUAUGCUGAACCAGAUCCACACGAGGGCGAGACUGUUGCCAACGCCCCCGAAUGUAUUAUACUGUCUCUUGGGUGGAGAGAAAAGGUUAUGGGUAUAGCCCUUCAAGGGCUUUCGAGUCCGGUUGUGGUUAUUACCCUAACCACCGCAUGCUCCGAACGUUUCUCAUCCCGGUGGAUCAAGGGAGUUUUUAGGGGAUACCCCACUACCUGGUACCUCUCUUUAGUAGAGCGACUUGGUGUCGAACCGUUUGACCGUAUGGACACGGGCACUUUGUCCGUGUUGGCGACGGCUCAAAUCUGCUACCAGUAG